AUGUCGCAAAAGGAUGUGCGUGCCGCUUCGUUGCUCGAUCAAGGACGCAGGCAAAAGGCAGAGCUCGAGCGCAUGGUCAAAGCAAGCUUUGCGCACUCCUCGUCAUCGUAUUCCGGCACCACGAACACAUCCCGCGCAGGUCGCUUACAUCCUAAAGACAGCACCGUAAAGAUUCUCGAUGCAGAGGUCGACUUUGCUCGCAAAAAUGUUCGCAACACCUGGCUCAACCUGCUUUUCACCUGCACGUUUACACGCGAAGCGCAGUCGGUCGAUGCCAACAUCUGGAACGACACCAGCUACAACCUCAUCGUCGCCUAUCGCUCUUACAUAUCAACCGCACAGAAAGCCGUCGAUCCCGCCGCUCAAGCUCCAGCGCGUCGUGGAAAGUCUGCUCAGGAUGCAGCGCGUGCCAAGUCCGAGUAUCGCAAGUUCCUGCUUGACGAGGAACUCUUCUGGCAUGAGCUGAUGGGCAGGCUUGUCCGCCUCUUUUCGCUCGACGAAGCCCGCUCCAACCUCGAAGCGCUGGGCAUCGAUGCCGACAGCGACGCCAAUUCGUCCGUCUCAUCUUCCAUACCCACCGAUUCCUAUGCAUCACGAGCCACACGCCAGACCAACGAGCCGGACGAGAGCCUAUCUCAAGCCGCCUUACUGCCAGCUAAGCGCAUCCACCUCAUCACUCUGCUGCACAAGUUCCUCAUCUUUUGCGGUGAUCUUGCCAGGUACCGCGAGAUGUCGUCGCACGACAAUGAUGCUGGCACCUCCACCAUCAAAGGCGCCAAGGCCAAGCACGACUUCAGCCGUGCCUGCGCCUUCUACGAACAAUCGCGCCUCAUCCUGCCCGACCAGGGACAGCCAUCCAACCAACUUGCCGUUGUCUCGCUCUACAGCUCCGACACUUUCGCUGCCCUGUACUACUACUACCGAGCUCUCUGCGUCAAGACGCCCUUUGCAAAAGCAAAGAUCAACCUCGAGAAGCUCCUGUCGAAACCCACCUCCGCCUAUCUCGAAAGCGCUGCGCGAUUUGCCGAUGUUGAAGAUAAGCAAUGGGACGCGGCAAAGGAUUACCGGGCGCGCGAUCCGCAGCUGGUAGUGCGGCUUUCAAACGACUUGAACCGAGCCCAGCAGUUGAGCGAGGCCUGGAUCGAACAGGUCGUCGUCUUGCACGGCUUGUUCUAUCGACGCAGCCACCUCGAUCACAUCAUGUUCCUCUCUCGGUCAGUGCUCGCCACCUUCUCCACAUUGAUCCGCGCACGAGCGCUGCGCGCCGAUCAGAUCGUACAGUUCCUCGUCAUCGCCCUCUGCGCAUCUUGGACAACACGACUUUGGCGCGGAGCACCUACCUCGUCGAGCAGGGAAUCUCCGCGCCCCUCUUCCGACGGCUCCGAGGACCGACAUCGUCCAAGGGCGGUCCGCGGCGAGCGCUCAUCUAAGAAACGUGCACCGUCGCCUGAAACAGCUCGCUGCGUCGAGUUUCUGGUCACUGCACAUGUGCUCGGUGUCUUUCGCGAGCUAACUGCAGUCGAUACAGCCGAGACUCGACAGGCGUUGGAGGCCAACCAGGAGCUCGCGGAAGCGUUGCAGCAGAUGGAUGAGGCGUCUGCUCCUGCCCGCAACCUCACCGCCGUUGUUCGAAGAACACUACCGGCGCUGCGCAUCGUAACAAAGUGGACCAAGACACAUCUCGAGUACAUGCAGCGGAUCCAAAAGCGAGCUCGCGAUGCUAUGCAGCAGUUUGGCGAAACCGAUCCAGAAGUGGUGCGCUCGGACAUGGAGGUGUUGCCAGAUUCGGAGCGUCCGCAUCCUCACCACGCUGCGUACGCAGACACGCUCGAGUCGAUGGAUCGAUGCUGGUCGCAAUACGUCGAUCUGAUCAACAGCCUGCGCUAUGCGUUCCCGUUCGACUCUUUGCCCAACAUUGGCAAGGUGGGCUCGGUGGGUGCUCCUGCGCUCUGCCUGGAGGAAGACUCGGACAUGCGAGGCUUUGCGCCAACGCGCAAGGCUACCCAGUCAACCAUCCCCGGCGGCACCACCAUCAACGUUGGGAUGGGAGAGGCAUGCGCCAACGUUGAGGCGGUGCGACCAAGUCAGGUGCAUCCGAACGAGGAGCAGCUCAUGCGCAUUGCGGAUCUUAUGAUCGACGCAAAGGUGAUCGCAGAAUCGGAUGCAAGCCCGAUUCACUUUGACGACAACAACAACGUGUUUGUCUUUGACCGAGAGAGGGUCAGGGCGACCACAGAGGCUCGGCCUGAUGCGACUGCCGCUGCUUCGGCGACACGGACGGUGCGACCAGCCUCGAUAGGAGCUUCAGCGAACGAGGUGAUUGGUGCGUCGAUGAACAACGCCAAAGCAUUGAGGCAAGGAGAAGGCGCCGACGUGAGCUCGGUGGAGCAAUCGAUGCGCAGUGUUCAGGUACGAGAUGCUGGCCACAGCGCGGCUGGUGAUAGCCAAAGUUCAGCAGAUCAGCUACUGGUGCCAUCGCAGGUCAAGUCCAGAUCGCGUCAGAACAAGGAUGAGCUGGCGCGUCAGCUGUUUGACGCUUACCCGCUGACGGCUCAUUCGCAUUCUGGCCCGAGCUCGAGCCAGAUGGUAGCCUCAAGUUCCAAUUCGUCCGCACCGGGGCACGGCAGUGAGGCACAUCCACAGGAUGGAUUGCUUCACUUGAUGUCAUCUCAGACUGGUGCGGGACAACCAGGCAUGGGUCAGGGCGGCAGCUAUGUAGGUUCAAGUACGAGCGGCCAUCACGCCAACCCUUUGCUCCCUAAUGGCGCCCCGAUCAGUUCCAUCUGGGCGCCGCCCAGCGCUGCGGAUGUGGGUGGGGUCGCAGCUGGUCUGGCUCCUCAGCUGCAGCAAUAUGGUCUUCGCAGCAACGGAGCAAGUAUCGAGCUGUAUCAACAUCAGAUGCAACAGCAGCAGCCAUAUGCGUACCAGCAACAGCCACACUGGCAGAAUGGACCUUACAUGCAACAACAGCACGGUAGCUUUGCAGAGACUUAUGGCCACACCACGCCUGACCCCUUCAAUCCGCACGUCCACGGCGCUCAACAGCCGCAGCAGCAACAUCAGAACUCGUAUUCGGCGUCACCUGCGCAGCAGUCGCAGCAGCGCAUGACGCCUCAACCUGGUCACGCGCACGGCGACCGAUUCGGGUUCGAGGCCGAACGAGACAUGUACUACCCUGGACCUUCUCGCUUCCAAUGA